UCUAUGUUUAUGCAUCAUCUUAUCUGUGGGCUACUGUACUGUAACGUGUUUGUAAUGGCGGAUUGUGAUUGUUUGUAGAAUUUAACGUUUAUAUUGAAGAAUAGUUGCUUACUUGUUUGUCCUUGCGAUUUAUUUACUACAAUGUCCGAUACUAGUGAUCUCGACCGUCAAAUCGAGCAGCUUAAGCGCUGCGAGAUAAUAAUGGAAGCCGAGGUUAAAGCCCUUUGCGCAAAGGCGCGCGAAAUACUAGUAGAAGAAAGCAACGUCCAGCGAGUGGAUUCCCCUGUUACAGUGUGUGGAGACAUUCAUGGUCAGUUUUAUGACCUGAAAGAAUUAUUUAAAGUAGGAGGAGAUGUUCCAGAGACCAAUUAUCUUUUUAUGGGGGACUUUGUGGACAGAGGGUUUUACUCGGUUGAAACUUUCUUACUAUUACUAGCACUGAAGGUGAGAUAUCCUGACCGCAUAACACUUAUCAGAGGGAACCAUGAGUCCAGACAGAUCACACAGGUGUAUGGGUUCUAUGAUGAAUGUUUGCGUAAAUAUGGAUCUAUUACAGUUUGGAGGUACUGCACAGAGAUAUUUGACUACCUAUCCCUCUCAGCCAUUAUCGACGGGCGGAUAUUCUGCGUGCAUGGCGGGCUCAGUCCUUCUAUACAGACGCUGGACCAGAUCCGCACCAUCGACCGCAAGCAGGAGGUGCCCCACGACGGGCCCAUGUGCGACCUGCUGUGGAGUGACCCUGAAGACACACAAGGCUGGGGCGUAUCACCUCGCGGCGCAGGUUACCUGUUCGGCUCGGACGUGGUGGCUCAGUUCAACGUGUCCAACGACAUCGACAUGAUCUGCCGCGCGCACCAGCUCGUCAUGGAGGGCUACAAGUGGCACUUCAACGAGACCGUGCUCACCGUGUGGUCGGCGCCUAACUACUGCUACAGGUGCGGAAACGUAGCUGCUAUAUUAGAAUUGAACGAAAACCUCCAGCGAGAGUUCACAAUAUUCGAGGCGGCGCCGCAGGAGUCCCGGGGCGUGCCGUCCAAGAAACCUCAAGCAGACUACUUCUUAUAAUGUCGCUUACAAUAGACAAUGAAACAUCUCGAUCUAGUAUUACGGUUUUAUUGUAGUGACAAACAUUUAAUGUGGACAUAAUUUAAUUGUGAUUUUAAGACUGGUAAGUGUAGCAAGUCAUAAAACCAAGUAACAGGACACUAGUUGAGUAUGGUAGACCAGUUCGAAGAGCAACCCCACACUAGCGUCUUUUGAGCGACGGCCGGCGUCUAGGCAGCGCUAUGGAAAAUGGCGUCGCUGCGCAGUUGCGCCAACGUUGAAUCGAGCAGGAGUUGAGUAGACGCUCGGGACACGCUAGUGUGGGGUGUCAUUAUGUUUAUCCAUUAUCCAAUCCAAAUGUACAAUUGACAUUGCUGAUGAAAUGAAUGUGAAUGAAUGAAUGUGUGCUAAACAACUUGUGAUGGAUUAAUUCAAAACUAUGCAUAUGAAGCAUUGAACGCUACGCGGGAGUGUGAGAUAGGGUUAGUCCAAAAUAAGUCUGUAGCGACUUGAUAGCCCAGACUGUGCAAGUGUUAUUUUAAACGUUUUCUAUGAAAUUUGACGUAUAAAUAACAUUUUCACAGUCUGUGCUGUCAAAAUCGUUGCAGUUAUCUUGGUCUAACUCUAUUAGGAUAGUAUUGUAUCUCCAAGAUGGUUUCUGAUGGCACAAAAGAUUGGUCAACAAUUAAAAUGGCAUACCUACUUUAAUAUUUUUUGCCCAAGUGCUUAGCUGGUGUACUUGCUUCCCAUGAAGACUAAUUAAUAAAAUACCAAUGUGAUAAAAUUUUUAGACACCAAGAUGUUAAAAUUUAAACUGGUAUGUAAAAUGAGACCUUCAUUUUGCGUAUUCCCAAUGUACAAGUAUCAAUUUGAUCCAAUGCGAAUGUAACAUUGUCUUAAGUGUACUAAUAUUAUUUUUGAUUAUGUUCACACCUUCUCGGACUUAUUGAAGGUGUAACGCGCAUUUGUGAUGAGAAAAAAAGAGUAAAUUAAGGAUUUCAUUGAUGUAAUUUAAGUGGUUAAUACUUAUUAGGUAGGUUCUAUUGUGCUAACAGAGUCAUACGUUUUCACUUGAGCACUGCCGUAUUUUUAACGUAGAUUUGAAAUAAUUAUACAUAUACAAUAGUAAUAGCAAUUGGUAUAUUAUAUUCUGAUGUUUAACUUUAUAGCUAUGAUAGUGAUCUCAAAGUAAUUCCGAUUAUCACUCAUUGUCUAGUACCAAUCUCUUCUAAAUCCUUCCUAUGAUUAUUGUGGUUCCUAUAGAUAAUGACAGGCCUAGUAGGAAAUGAUUUAGGUAUUAUCACUAUUAUCUUAUUUAUUCCUGCUCAAUGUUUAACACUUUCAGUGCCUAGCACCCCAUUUCCAAUACAAAAUGAACCCAACUAGUGGGUUGUUGGCACUGAAAGUGUUGUUAUGAAUGGUAGUUAGCAUCAUGUACUGUGUUAUUUGAAUUGAUUCAAUUAUGUUACUUAGACACGAUAAACAGACAGAUACAUGUAUUUGAUGCUGAUUGUAGUAUUGACUGAACAAGUACAUUUUCAGUUCCCAGGACUAUCCACUCGUGUAAAUCAGUUCUGUAUUCUUACCUCUUAUUUUUAUCAAUAUUAAAAUGAAAUGCCAAAAA